UUUACCCCAUUUUACUCCAUUUUACCAGCCUCAUUUCACUGAUCUCAUCCACACCCGCCGCUUUAUUUUUUACCCCUUUCCCCACGCUAUGGAACUCUUCACCGGUGACCGGCGAGUACCAAACGAGGUCGGUUUCCCGGACAACCUAACGCCAUUCCCUGAAACCUCCGACAUACUUUACGGCGAUCGGACGUGCGAGAUUCAUCCGCCGGAGAUCGAACAACACCACUCGCAGCUGCCGCCUCAGAAGCUCCGUCCGAUUAGAUGCAACGGCCGGAACUUGCCCGAGUAUUCAGAUCCUACUGCUAUGGGAGCCGGAGGCGUCGACGGAGCCCUAAUGAACUACCACGGCGUGGCCUCGUCUGAGUUAGGGUUUCUGACUCAGCUGUCCGCACAGACGAUGGAUGUAGUCAGUGGAGGACCUAGGGAGAACAAUAGUUCACAAGCAAACAUUUUGUUGUUUAGAAAUGGUGGCCCUGGUGUUGCCGGAGUCAACUCGCCGCCGGUGUAUGUACCGCCGUUACAACAAAUCAAGGCGGAGAUGGAAGCUGAUUGUGUGAAAUUAAUAUCUCAGGGACGUCUUUUGGAGGCCGAAUUAAGCUCGUCUUCAGAUGAUGGUGGGGAAUCAUCAGAAGCUACAACAGAACCUCUGAAUCGAAAGAGGAAGAGAAAAGGAAGGAAAAAGCUUGAGUUGUUUCUAGAAAACAUAACGGAGAAAGUGAUCCAAAGGCAGGAGCAGAUGCAUAAACAGUUGAUAGAGUUGAUAGAAAAGAAGGAAAGCGAGAGAAUCAUCAGAGAAGAAGCAUGGAAGCAGCGGGAGAUCGAGAGAGCAAAGAGAGAAGAGGAGGUAAGGGCGCAAGAGACGUCUCGUAACCUAGCCCUCAUUUCCUUCAUUCAGAAUCUACUAGGCCAUGAACUGACGAUCCCCAAACAAUUAGAAGCUUCAACCCUGGAUAAGGAUGAUGGUGAAAUUCACAGUAAACAAGAUUUCAGGUGCGAUCCAAGUUAUAGGAGAUGGCCUAAAUCUGAAGUACAAGCCCUCAUAACAGUUCGAACUGCUUUGGAGCAUAAGUUCCUCAAGGCUCCGAAAGGCUCUGUAUGGGAAGAUGUAGCUGUUGAAUUGUGUAAAAUGGGCUAUAGCCGAACUGCAAAGAAGUGUAAAGAGAAAUGGGAGAACAUCAACAAGUACUAUAGGAAGACAAUGGAGAGUGGAAAGAAGCGUCUUGACUAUGGUAAAACAUGCCCUUAUUUUAAUGAACUGGAUGUCCUAUAUAAAAGUGGUCUCAUUAAUCCAGGAAAUGCGUCUAGCUACAUAAGCAACGAGACUGAGAUUGAAGACAAGAACGUGAAAGAAGUGGAGCUUAGUAUGAUCGGCACCUGACAUCUAUAUAUAUGUCCUGUACUUUGAUGUCCAUCUUUUUAGUUUUCUUAUGAUACUUUUAAUACUUUUUGGAACUUGCUGUUUUACUCCCUAAUUGACUGUAUGAGAAAGUUCAUUGCAGUUGACCGAAAAAGAGAUGCAGUAGGUGUUCCCUCUGUUUCAUUCUUCAAGGAAUGUGCCAAUUUUUUUAAAAAAACCCUAAAUAUCCCAAGGUAUGUAUGUAUAUUCUUAUUCAUUACUCUGACAGAUAUGGGUGUUACAUCAAGGUAUGUAUGAACCACUUGAACUGUCUAUAGAUGUCUUAAUAGACACCAGCACUCCUGUAUCGCCAUCCUCAUCACUCUCUCUCUCUCUCUCUAGGAUGAACAAUGAUAAUAGAGAUUGUGCUGUGUUGUUCAUGACUCUACUCAUAGCAUCAGCCAUACUGAUAUUUCCGUACUGCAGCCUGUUUGUGUGGUGACAAGUGAUGUGCAACACCAAGUCAGGCAAUACAUGGAAAUGCUUGCUGUUAUGUUCUGGUUAUUGCUCUUUUUCUACUGAAUAAAUCCACACACU